UCUACUAAAACCUGGUUUUAACAACUUUUAAACCAAAAAUAAGGUUAUUUCUCAAAUAAAAAAAAAAGUAAAUUAUGUCUUCACCGUCUCCAAAAUCGCCGGAGCAAAGUGAAAAGAGUCGUAAAUAUGAUCGUCAGCUAAGACUGUGGGGAGAUCACGGGCAAAAGCUACUCGAAGGCUCAAAAAUUUGUUUAAUUAACGCAACAGCAUUGGGAACAGAAAUAUUAAAAAGCCUGGUGUUGCCUGGAAUUGGAGCUUUCACGAUUGUCGAUGGGGAAAAAGUGACCGAAGAGGAUGUCGGAUGCAAUUUUUUUCUAGAUGAGACCCAUAUUGGUAUGUCACGUGCGCAGGCUGCAACUGAAUCACUGUUAGAAUUAAAUCGAGAUGUUCGUGGUGAUUAUAUAGACGAUUUUCCCGAUCAUGUUAUGUUGCACACUCAAGACUUCUUUAACAACUUCAAUGUUAUUAUUGCUACGGCAUUACCGGAGAAGGUUUUAAUGCCCUUAUCAAAACAACUAUGGUCGGCAAACAUUCCUUUUUUGGUAUGUCGUAGUGUCGGCUUUUUAGGAUAUGUAAGGUUACAAAUUAAGGAACAUACCGUUAUUGAAACCCACCCCGAUAAUGAAACCCCAGACCUGCAAUUGGACCGGCCGUGGCCUUCCUUGAUGGAACAUCUAGAGCAGGUGGAUGUAUCGAAUUUCGGGACAAAGGAAAGAAGCCACGUUCCAGCGUUAACCAUUCUCUAUCACUACUUGCAACAAUUUAAAUCUGAAAAUGGGGGAUUAUUACCUAAAACGCAUGCAGAGAAGGAUAAACUGCGUAACAUUAUUCGUAACAGUUUACCUAGUGAAAAUGAUAUUUUAGAAGAGAAUUAUGAACAGGCUGUGAAGUUUGUUAACGUCUGCGUUAAUUGUACUUGUGUACCAAAUCACAUACAGAAAAUUCUUGAUGAUGAAUUGUGUAUUAAUUUAACCUUUGAGAGUUCUCCUUUUUGGGUAAUGUGUGCCGCAUUAAGGGAAAUGGUUCAGAGUGAAGGUGCAUUACCCAUCCGUGGAAGCCUUCCAGAUAUGGCCGCAGAUACGGCCAGUUUCAUAUCUUUACAACAAUUAUAUAUGCGUCAGGCGCAUUCGCAAAUGGAAUCCCUUUAUAGAAGAGCCGUGCAAAUCAGCCGUUCAUUGGGGCAGUCAACUGAUGCCAUUACUGAAGCUGAGGCGAAGCUGUUUUGUAAACACGCUUCGGAACUGCAUGUUUUUCGUGGCAAGUGCAUUGCGGACGAAUAUCAAAGCAAUUCUCCAAGUGCUUCUUUACACCUUGAAGAUCCCGAAAGUUUAAUGUUUUAUUACGUAAUACUACGAGGUUUAGAAAGUUUUAUUGACGAAUAUAAUGCGUAUCCUGGCCAAUAUGAUGAUCAUGUCGAACCAGAUGUCCUGAAACUAAAAACUUUGAUUGGAAAAUUGUUAACCGAAUGGGGUUGUCCAACUGUAGCUAUUAGUGAUGAUCGUGUUCAUGAAGUUUGUAGGUACGGCGGUGCAGAGUUACAUUCUGUAUCUGCCGUGUUAGCCGGUUGUACAGCACAUGAAACUAUUAAACUUAUCACUCACCAGUUUAAACCCAUUAAUAACACUUUUAUUUAUGAUGCGAUUACUUCCACGUCGGCGACAUUUGUUUUAUAAGUGCUUUCAGUUUAUAAUAUUGUCUUCAAUAAAAGUAAUGCGAGUAAA